UGCGGAACACUGGGUGUGCGGUGUUGCAACUGGUUCCCGAUCUGACAACAAAAAUGCAGCCAGUUAAUGCCGUCAACCGGUUCAAGAUGCCACCAGCCCCACUGACAGCAGCUUCUAACUGUACAUGAGCAGGCCUCAAGAAGCCGCCGCUCGAGCCUCCGCUUAGUCGAAGUGCAGUCAGAAACUGGAACGGUUCAUCCCAGCUCUCUCAGAAUGCGUACAUCAAUCUCUUGGCUGAGGCACUCGAUCCUCGUGCUGCUGUUGGCCCUGCAUCAGGCACAAGCUGCCACGCUGGUGUACCACCAGCCCACGGCGGUGGUUUAUCAUCAUUCGCCCGCCACGGGGGAGGAGCAACAACAUCCUGGCUAUACCAUUGUGGCGCCGCUGACGAAGAUCGCGCAUGUUACCUACGAUUCGGUGCCCAUUUCUCACACACCCUUCGAGCAUGUGCCGCUCUUCCAGCGCAUUGGGCACGUGAAGAGCGUGCGGAUCUAG